AACAACAAACGUGGUAUGUCAACAACACACAGAAUUUUUCUAAUGGCUUUUUUCAGGUUUUUCCGGUACUUUUCCCUUGCGUAGGAAAAUUGAAGAAUAUCAUAAGUUUUUAGAACAUCGAGUAUCAGUUUAACCGCUAUUAAGUAAAUUGUGCUCUCUAUUCCUACGCUCCCGAUUUCUGGAGAGCCCGUAUUCUCCACAUGCUGUGCAUCUGAGGCCUCAGUUUUUCUUCCUCCUUUAUUUCGCAGCACAUUAAAGACCAUGACAGGUUUGCGAAUUUUCUCUUUAUUAAUCACGAGGAACUCGUGUCUGAUUCAGAACAAUAAGUCAUCAGGAAAGAGGUCUCUAUUUCUUAGUGCCUACUUGAAUGCCCGCCCUUCCAGGAAGAGAGGUAAUGUCCGUUCUGAUAAGCCUUACUCUGCAACAAUUGUAGACUUGAAGAACCAAAUCCUAGAAGCGGAUCAUCACAAAUCAGUGAACCGGAUCAAAGAAGUAGAUCAUCUCAAAUCACCGAACCGGAUCAAAGAAGCAGAUCAUCUCAAAUCAGCAAAUCAUGUAGCACCUCAAAUCCACGACUCUAAGAACAUUGGAACAACCAAACCAAUCUCAAAGGCCAAAGAGGUGGAACAUCCACUCCCUUUCCCAUUCGUAAGAUUGGAGAAAAAUGAUACUCGCUUGAGUGAGGUCAUGAUGACAGUGAAGUCAAGAAAAAACAGGAAGGAAGCUAAUCUUAUCAUGCUUGAGGGGAAAAGACUCAUUGAGGAUGCAUUAUCAGCAGGCGUACGACCACACAGCUUCUUUUUCUCCCGUCCCAGUGACAUUGCAAGUAUAAAUGUUCCAACAGGUGAAGAUGCAGUUCCUAUCUAUAAAAUAAUGUAUAAGGAAAUGAAAAUGUGGUCUGACCUUGUAACUUGUCCUGGAGUCAUCGGUAUCUUCAACAUUCCUUCACCAAAUGUAGUUGAACCACCAGAAGAAGCAAUGCCACUCACAAUAAUUUGUGACAACAUUCGUGAUCCUGGUAACUUGGGAUCAGUUUUACGAGUUGCAGCUGGUGUAGGGUCAUCUAAGGUCAUUUUGACCAAAGGUUGCUGUGAUUUGUGGAAUUUGAAAGUUCUACGGUCAGCUGCUGGCGCCCACUUCAGGAUUCCCAUUGAAACUGGAGUAGAAUGGAGUCAAAUGACAGACCAUGUUGAUAUGUAUGAACACAUAUUUAUUGCAGACAACCACGAGGACUUAAGCCUAAAGCAUCAAAGUCCAUCAUCUGAGGAAUUCAAUGACACUGAUAGACAAAUGGCAAGUACUGAUUCUGGCAAUGACUCCGAUUCUGAUGAUGAAGUGGAACAUGAAAUAUCAAGAGCCGAGGAAGAAGAAAAUUUACUCAAGGAGGAAUUUUCCAACGCAUUACCUUAUUUUGAAAUUGAUUUUGUGAACAAAUCGCCCAUGGCCCUGAUUAUCGGAGGAGAAACACAUGGUGUGUCUCGGGAAGCUCUUCAAUUUGCCCGCUUACAGCCCACUUCCAGUCGCUUGAACAUCCCACUCUUCAACUGUGUUGAGAGUUUGAAUAGUGCUGUUGCUUUAAGUGUCAUAUCCUUUGAAAUACAGAGGCAGUUUAUUUUGAACAAUUUGUCCUCUAGCAGUGGCAAGCCUGGAGAUAGUGAACAACAUAGUAGUGAGAGUCAAAUUUAAGUUUAUGCUUUGUGGCAUUGUAAAGAUUUUUCAUAGUAAGAAUUUUUUAUAUUCGCCCGUUUGUGGACGUCUCGCAAAAAUCUUUUUAAUUUGAUUAUUUCACCUUUUGGUAAAUAUUCUGUCUCUUUAGUUAUUUACCCAACAGUUUUUUACUUUGUAGCUGUUAGCUCUAUCUUAUCCUGCUAUUAUCAUGAGAUCGGAAUGCUUAUACCAAGCCAUCCUUUUGCACAUCAUAGUUAGAUGCUGUUGUUACAAUAACAUCUAACUGGGCAGAUAGGAAUGUAUGAAUGAGUAAUCAAAUGGUCUGAAGGUGUUGUAAAAUGUUCCUUAAUAGACGCAGAAAGUGCGCAACAAUCCAUGUUCCGGUAGGGAAGUGUUGAGGGAAAUGAUUGUGCAAUUCAAGCAGUUUGCAAUACACACAAUCAAUGAAAUAACUUCGUGUUUGCCUCUGUAUGUUGAAAAGGAGGUUAGGUGCUUUAAAGGAGUCAAUUAAUUUUAUUCAAUGAUAAAAUACAUGAAUCUAAUUUACUUUUCCCGAGGAUAUAACUUGGCUUUCUCGUGAAAUUUCACUGUGCAUGAAAAGUGGGCACUAUGAGAGGAGUAAAACAGCUGUUGAAAAUCAAUCAUUUCUUUGCAACACUUUAACCAAGAAAGUACUAUAACUUGUUAAUUAGCUGAAAGUACAUUUUUAUGCUGGUUUGGUUUUUUUUUCGUUAGCUAUAAUAAUACUUGAGGAGGAAAAAAUGAGUAAACUUACUUUAAAAUGCAUCCUUGUAUCUUUUGUACAACAGUACAAAACAUUCUCACUGUACAAACAGUAAGAAUUAACAUUUUUCUUUACUUAUAAGGGUCAUCCCAAAAGUCUCUUGCAUUUUGCUCUCAUUUCAAAGCUUUUCAAGACAGGAAAAAUUUAAUUAGAUGUUCAUGUGAGGCAUGCUUUCAGCUUUAAUUCAAGCUCAAGUUUUCAAAAAUCUGAUUAACAGGACAAUAAGCCAGCAUUUUUUAUUCCCACCUGGCACGAUUUUUUUCUUUUAUUUACUUAUAAGGGUCAUCCCAAAAGUCUCACGCAUUUUGCUCUCAUUUCAAAGCUUUUCAAGAUAGGAAAAAUUUGAUUAGAUGUUCCUGAGAAUCCUGUUUAUCCGAUUUUAAAAAAAACUUGGGCUUAAAGUAAAGCUGAGAGUAUGCUUCAUAUGCAUAUUUAAUCGGAUUUUCCCUAUCUUUAAUAAUUUUGAAAUGAGAGAAAAAUGCGUAAGACUUUAGACCCUCAUAUAAUUUAUAGUCCAGGUCAGUACUAUCAAUUUCCAGAAGAUUGUAAAUUUUUUUUAUUUUUCUGGUUUAUUCCUAUUCACCCCGUAGUGGGGUGAAUAGGACGCAAGUUAAUUUUGGAAGAUAGGUCAAAUUCUCCGUUAGCAGGGUGAAUAGGAAUUAAUGGUGCCAGAAUUAUAAAAAAAAAUCGAAAGAACAAAAUUUUGAAAAAAAUGGCUUAAAGAGCAAGCUUUAAUAAAUAAACGAAUACAUAUUCAGGAACAAAUGUAAUAAAUUAGAAUAACACACAUAGAAACAAGACCUAAAAUCAAUUUGUCACAUUCUUUAAGCAUCUUUGAACUAGGUGCAAAAAGAAUCUUUUAAGAAAUGCUCACAUGAUAAGAAAAAAAAGAAGGAACUAGUUUUGGACUUACAGGAACUUACUCAAUCAGUCUCAAUCAGUCAAUUUUAAAAGUCUAAGACUAGUUCAAUGUGAACUUUUAAAACACUUAUGAACUAAUGGAAUUCUGAGAAGUACUAACUUUUGUCAAAACUCUAAAAAGUUAAAAACUAGAAUAAUACUAGGGGCUUGGCUACCCAGGCACUAGUUUUAAAUAGGCAAGUAGGUAACCAAGUACGGCUCAUUAGCACAGCCAAAAAAGUGGUUCACCACUGGUUACAUUACCUGUUAUGUUCAUACUGAGGAUAUAGAGACAAAAGUGACACUAAAACCAAUACAUUCAGAAACAGGGAACAUGAUGAAAACAGGGUACCACACAGUAAUGGAGGGGAUACAAAGUAUGUAGUUAAGGGUAAUAGGAUUGCCACAUUCCUGUCAGUUUGCCGCCAAAAGAGCAAAGGCUAAAGAACAACUAAUACACCAUAAUAAAAGACGUGCACUGCUAUUUGCAUCACUGCCCAAGUUUAAAAUUUAUUCUUUUUCCUCUGUAGCAACCCUAACUACACUUUCAGGACAGAGGAUUUGCAAGUAAAUGUACAGUCAAUAUUUCUCACAUUUACAUAAUUUUCAAGAGUGUUAAUGAUGAUUUACCUAGUUCAGACUGAUCGUAUUUCAUGCAGUUGUGCCCUUUUUCUCCCAUUAAUGACGUUAUUUUUUGCUAUCCACCAUGUUCAUCAUUUUCAUUGAUGAAGUUGUCCACUAUCAUGGUUUUUGUUAACUAAUCAUGAUCUCGUCUUCAUGUAAGUUCUUGAUUUUGUUUUUAAGUUUUACAAAGCUGUAAUUAUAAGAAAAAGUUAAAAUAAACAAGUUUGUCCAUAAUAA